CAUUUUGUUUUCCUUUGUGAAAAUCAAAAUAUCCAUAAUGUGUUUUUAUUUGAGUAAAGUCAGUUGAAAUAGGGAUUGUUGAUACAAAAAUUGAUGUGCCUUUUUUUAUUUAUUUGAAAUUUGGAACUAAAAAAAUUGGAAAUGCCUACAAUUCGUCGACGUCAUGUAUCCUAUGGGAGCAUUCAUGAUUCAGAAAGUGAGGGUGGCAGGGACGAUGUGGAUAGCCUUAACUUUGAGUUUCAAGAUGGAGAACUUAUUUAUGGUUCUGAUCAAAAAUUACCAUGGAAAACGAUAUUCUUUGUGAUGUUUUUUCUGAUUGUUGGGACGAUUUGCUUGACGACUGCAGGACUAAUUUUCACAGAAGUUAUAGAUCAAACUUAUGUUGAUCGAGCAUCUCCGUUGCUUAUUCUUGGCUCGCUAAUGAUUAUACCGGGCGGUUACUAUGGCUACAUAUUGAUGUCAAUCUUGGCAAAGCGUGAAGGAUUUUCAUGGGAUGAUAUUCCGGAAAUUUAAAGCCAAAGAUAAGUUGAAAUUAUAUAUAAUGACUAUAGCUGAAAAUAGAAGACACUAUAUGCACAGCACUAUCAAAAAAAUAUAUUCCGGAAAUUUGAAACCAAAGAUAAGAUGCCAAUUCUUACAAAAUAGAAACAUUUAGAAAACUUCGUUCUAAUAUUUGAAAUAUAGUUAAAAUUAUUAGAUCAUGGCUAUAGCUGAAAAUAGAAGACACUACAUAUAUGCACACCACUAUCAAAAAAAUUGUAGACUAAUUCUGCAAACCAUUGUCCUCUCCACUAGCGGUCUUAUAGUUAAAGCAUUUAUAUAAACUGACUGAUAACUAACUCAACUCUAA